CAUCUCUCAAGGACCAUACACACUUCCCCAACUCCCUCCCUGAAUUUGGCCUAACCACAUUCAAUCCGUACUCCCACUUCAUCCCUUUUCCUAUCAAACAUGUCAAACCAAUCCCAAAGCAUGUCUCAUGAAGAACUCGUAGCCGCAAAUGCUGCCUUGCAAGCUCAGGUGGAAUACCUAGCCAAAGAAGUGGCUAAGCUCACGAAGCAAAAGAUGUCCCUGUUGCGAGAUAGUGAAGAUGAAGAGGAAGCUAGCUCUAGUGCCACCAUGAGAGCUAGGGCUCGUGAAAAGUCCCAUUCUGAAUUCAAAGCUGAUAUUCCAAUCUUUGAAGGAAAGAAUGAUCCGGAUGAAUUUCUUGAGUGGUUAGAAACGGUAGAACGAGUCUUUGAUUUCAAAGAAAUCUCUGAUGAGAAGAAGGAUAAUGGUGCGGAGAUAUUCUUUGGGGAUUGCAUCGCCGAACCCCAAAUUGCAUGGGAUUGGAUCGAGCAGACGGCUCGGGUGUUGGAAAAUCUUAACAUACCCAUUGACAAUUAUCCCAGACUGGCUUCUCAAUUGCUUCGAAAGGAAGCCUACGAGUGGUGGAAGAGGACCGAUGAGAGUGCAGGAACUCCUAAGCCAUGGACAUGGGCACAUUUCGAAUGGGCAUUCAAGCAAGAAUAUAUUCCAAAACGUUUUAGUGAAGAAAGACGUACGGAAUUUGUCAAACUGCAACAGGGAGACAUGACACUCCCUGAAUAUCGUCAGAAGUUCACCAAACUUGCAAACUUUGCGCCAACCUUGGUGAGUACCUCAACCGAUCGCAUUGAGGAGUUCAGGAAGAAACUUCGACCUGACCUCAGGUCACGUGUGUCCGUCCUUACCACCGUGGAUUUUGCAAAGGCCUACGAGAUCAUAGCUAGGGCAGAUAGUGACCUGAGUGCUUGCAUAGAGUAUUUAAAGGCAAACAAUGCUGGCUCAAGAACUCACCGUCCCACUAGCUCUGCCUCAAAAGGAAAAAGGCCCUUCCAAGAAUCUAGCAGUUCGCACUUCUCAAAGAAAGGGAAAUCGGCACAGACGCACUCCGUGGCGUCGGAAAGCAAAUCAAAAGGGUGGAAACACCCAUUGUGUGAUACGUGUGGGAGACAUCAUCCAGACGAGUGUUGGUUUGCCCAAGGGUUAUGUCUAGGUUGCAGUAAAUCAAGACAUUUUCGAAAGGAUUGCCCCACUAAUCCUGGCAAACCAUUUUCAACGGCCCCAGUUUCCAGCCAAUCAGCCCCAGCACGACCUGCGCCAAGUCAGCGAUCGACGGCGGGAUCUAAUCCGGCCAAGAACCAGGGUCAACAACAAGGACGAGCUCCUGCUCGUACUUAUGCAAUGAAGGCUCGAGCUGAGGAAAACCCUAACGUCAUUCAGGGUAUGUUUUCCUUAUUCGAUACUAUCAUGCAUGUGUUGAUAGAUCCUGGAUCAACAUUAUCUUAUAUCUGCGUGCCUAUGCCUGAAAAAGCUGACAUAAUGAAAGAACAAUUAAAACAACCUAUACUGGUGUCAAACCCGUUAGGGCAUAGUAUGAG